AUGGGGGCCUCCUUCGAGACCCUGAGCCUGCAGUGGGCCCAGAGCCGGGAGGGGGAGGUGGGAUUAUUGGGAGGGAGCCGCCUUCGAGACUCUGAGCCUGCAGUGGGCCCAGAGCCGGGAGGGGGAGCCGCCUUCGAGACCCUGAGCCUGCAGUGGGCCCAGAGCCGGGAGGGGAAGGUGCGCCUGGCCGUGCUGGAGGCGCUGGGCCCCAUGAGCGCCCUGCUGGCCCCGGAGCAGCUGCAGGAGCAGCUCCCGAGGCUGCUGCCCGCCGUGCUGGGGCUCUACAGGAGGCACCCGGAGCCCUUCCCCAUCUCCAAGAGCCUGUGCCAGCUGCUGGAGGCGUGGGCGGCGCGGGGCAGCCGCGCGCUGGAGCCGCACCUGGAGCCGCUGCUGGGGGCGCUGCUGGCCCAGAUGUGUGCUCCAGCUGAUCCCAACAUCCCCACGAGCAGCAAGAACCACACGGAGCUGCUGCGCUGCUUCUCCGUCCUGGCGGGUCCGUUCCCGGAGCGCCUGGUGCAGUGGCUGCUGCCGCGCCUGGAGAGCGGCCCCGAGCGGCACCGCCAGGGGGCGCUGCUGCUGCUGCGCCACCUCCUCAACAGCAACCGUGAGCGCCGGGUGAGGCGUGCCCUGGUGCAGCUGAUCAGUGCCCUGGCCCACCACGGGCACCUGCAGCAGCCGGGGGCCGAGGCUCUGCUGGAGUUCCUGGUGCACCAGUGCGCCCUGCCCUCGGACAAGCCCCCCGGAAUUCCAGAGGAAAAUCCCGAGGAUCCCACGAGCGACGACGUGCGGAGCGUCAGCGUCAGCACCCUGCUCCUGCUCAGCAGCACCGUGCCUGGGAUCACCCAC